GCUUCCAUUCCGCCCAAGGGGUCCCCGGUGUGGGUUUUGAGGGGUGUCUCUUUUGGUCUGUUGGCAUGGACUACUGUAAAUUACAAAGCCCUUGGUUCUUAACCGACUCCAUGAUCUUCUACCAAGGCCAAGUUUUUCAACCCACGCGAUCCUCGGCUCGACCUCUCUUUCCUUUCCGUCGGACUUUUAUGUGAUGAGGCUCUGCUUGGAAAAAGCCUCACGCCGCUGACACAUUGAAGAGAAUUAUGAGGAGUGGCGUCGACGACAAUUUCACGCCUUUUGAGAGAGAGAGAGAGAGAUGUCUUUACCAAAAUCUGAGUUGCCCACAUCCGGUGAUGGGGUUCCGCCACCACCGUCCAACAACAAGACAACCAUGGACGACGCAAUCUCGUCGUCCCGUUCGAGCUCAGAAGCCACGCACGACGACAACCGGUUGACGAUAGAGCCUGGCGAUCUGGAAAAGGUCAUGUCGAAGCACGAGGACGCCGAUGUCGCGGUCACCAUUCAAGAAACCAACGAUCCGAACGUGGUCAACUGGGACGGACCAGACGAUCCUGAAAAGCCAUUAAACUGGCCCGCGAGCAAAAAAUGGAUCAACAUCGCCUUGAUCUCUUCAAUCACCUUUUUGACACCUUUUGCAUCAUCCACGUUCGCCCCCGGUGUUCCAUUGGUCAUGGAAGAAUUCGGGGAGAAGAGUCUCGCGGUUGCUUCCCUCGUGGUGUCGAUAUAUGUCCUGGGAUAUGUUUUCGGUCCCUUGAUCAUCGCACCGGCUUCCGAACACUACGGGCGCCUGCCCGUGUACCAUGUCAACACGUUUCUGUUUCUUGCAUUCAGCAUCGGUUGCGCGAGGUCUACCAGUAUCUCGAUGUUGAUUGUAUUUCGCUUCUUGGCCGGCGUGGCUGGCUCCUCCCCCAUCACCAUCGGCUCAGGCACGAUUGCGGAUACUUUCAAACAAGAGCAGAGAGGCAAGGUCAUGUCGAUAUGGAGUUUUCCCAUUCUUUUUGGCCCGAGUCUUGGACCAGUGGUAGGUUCAUAUCUGUCGGCCGCCGCUGGCUGGCGAUGGGACUUUUACCUAAUAUCAAUUUGCACCGCAAUUCUACUCGUACUCACCGUCGUUUGCCAGCGAGAGACGUACCCACCUGUACUCCUCGAGCGAAAAGCCAAGAGACUACGUAAAGAGACCGGCAACUACAAGCUUCGCUCCGCCCUGCAGACUCCCAAGACGCCACGCGAGAUGUUUCUAUUGUCCAUCGUCCGUCCCAUCAAGAUGUUGUGUUUCUCCCCCAUCAUCUUCGGGACCUCCCUUUACAUCGCCGUCACCUACGGCUACCUCUACCUUUUGUUUACCACCGUCACCUUUGUGUUUGAAGACCAAUACGGCAUCAGUUCGAGCAACGUUGGGUUGGUGUACUUGGGCACCGGUCUUGGACAGCUUGUCGGCCUCACUGGUUUCGGGUACUUUUCGGACAGGUUACUGAAGAAAUGGGCGAAAGGAGGGGAACUCAAACCUGAACUUCGACUUCCUCUCCUGUGGCCCGGAGCGGCCCUGAUCCCUUCCGGCCUGUUCAUCUACGGCUGGUCGGCGGAGUACAAGGUACAUUGGAUAGUACCCAUCAUCGGAACCUUCAUCUUCGGGGCCGGGAUGAUCAUCACCUUCAUGCCCAUCGGCACAUAUCUGGUGGAUUCUUACACCAUCUACGCCGCGAGUGCCAUGGCGGCGAAUACUGUCCUCCGGAGUAUCGGCGGGGCUCUGCUUCCUCUCGCAGGCCGUAGCCUAUACAAGGCCUUGGGCCUCGGCUGGGGGAACUCGUUGCUUGCGUUCAUUGCGUUGGGUAUGACACCAAUGAUCUGGGUCUUUUGCAAGUAUGGAGAGAAGAUCAGGAAGAGGUUCCAGCUGAACCUUUGAUGACAAACGACACGAAAUUUGGGCUUUUUGCAUUGAAUGGCGCUGAAAAACAAGAAUUAGAUACUGCAUAUACAUACCUAGGUAACACGGAAAACAUCAAAGGCGAGAAGGGA